AUGGCCAGAACAAAGCAGACAACGAGGAGAUAUAGGGCGGAUGGUUCCUUUUACCAUUCGGACAGUGAGACUGUCAACUCUUAUGGCUCCAUUAGGGUGCCAGCUAGUGAAAUUUCUAAGCACCCCCCAAACCCUUCUUCUGACCUUCCCCAAACUCUAACUUAUUACUCUUCCUCUUCUUCAAGCGGCACCCCCAGUGAUACUAUACUGCGGGAAGCCGACAAUCAAUACCAGACCGAGCCUUCGGAACAGGCGUUGGAGGAGAGUCUAGGGGAGGACCCUGCUGGCCCCAGCCAGCAGUCCCCUAGCUCUGGGGAGAGCUCUAAUGACGAUUCAGCCUCGUCAUCUUCUGAAAAUGCCUCCGUUACUUCAGAGGAGGCCCGAGCAAAGAUAAGCACUGCAAGGGAAUCCUUGUCAGUGGAAAUGGGGGAAGACAAAGCUAUGGAAAAGGUCUCGGCAACAAGGAAGCCAGUUGUUGUCUCUGCAGCAAAGUAUCGCUCGAACGUUCUUAAUCGAGCGAAUGACGAGCAGAAAACAGUCGGGAUUCCCAAGAGUGGUUCCACCAAGCCCUCUCCCUCCAAGCAAUCCCAACCCAAAAUCCAGAAGACUGGGGCUGGUGAUGUGAGAGCAUCCGGCAAGAACCGGAAGCACAUUUCUCACAAGCCCAAGAAAGGAGACGGCUCUACUCUCGAAGCUGACAGGGAGGUCAGCAAACCGGAUGCCACUCAGGCAUCGAAGGGUGGCUUUAAGCAACCCAGUACUGUUGUCGGCUUAGCAAGAGAGAAGAGGCGUCACGGGAAGGAGGAGGAGGCUAUGCUGCGCAUCCAGGGGCUAAGAAGGCCAAUCCAGGAGAAGUCUAAAGAGGUAACAGCCGCUAAAGCUCGAGUCGAGUCCGCCUUAGACCGAGCUCAAUUUGAAAUUGCUCAAAAUGAGCUUCUGACCCUUGAUAUGAUGUAUUCCCAGGCGGAUGUCAACCUGCAGGUAAAAAAGGACCUAGAUUCGGCUCGCUCCAAAAUCAUUGACCUUAAGGCCGAAAUUAAAGGUCUUAAGGAAAAGCUUGAGCCUCUUCAAGAGGCCAAGAAAGAGGCCGAGAGGGCCAAGAACCGGGUUGGCCGCCUGGAGGUGCGCCUGGCGAACCAGGAGAAGCUGCUGAAGUCUAAGUUCAAGUCUCGGGCUAAGAAGGAGAAGGAGGCCCUUGUCAAACAAAUGAUGAAGGACUAUGAGGCCAUCAUGCGAAUGGCAUGGGAGGCGGUACAGCCGGGUGCUGACUAUAACACCUGGAAAUCCAAGUUUGAUUAA